UUGUUUAUCAAUAUUCAAAAAAGUGUGGUCUAGUCGAUAAAACGACAUUAUUUCCAAGCAUACAAAAAUUGCUAAAUACAAUAAUGACUGAAUCUCAGAAAACACAAUUUGAGGCGAACCCUCGUGCGUUCCUUGAGCAGCACAUCACCGCUUUACAAAGCGAGUCGAAGAUUACCCGAAAACAGGCCCUGGUUAAGAUCAACGAAGAGAUAUUUGAGAACCCGGAGCACAAAGAUUGCGACUUAACUGUCGUUUUCCCAGACGUCUAUGCUUACGUCUUGAAGAGUAUCGCUGAUUCUUCCGAGGCUUGUCGAGAGAUUGCAGCAGCAAUAAUCUCCAACUUCAUCGGCCGGUUACCGCUAAACGAUUAUUAUUUAACGUAUAUUUUACCAGUUCUAGUCCGUCGGAUUGGUUGUCCAGAGAUUGUAGAAGAAUCUGAAGAGAUUCGUUUAAUUUUAGUACAGCUAGUUCACCAGAUAAUUAUGAAAUACAAUGUGACACAUCUCCUUAGUCCAUUCAUCAAUGAUUUCACAAGCAUCCUCGCGAAGACCAGCACGGACCCGUUUCCGAAGGUAAAGCUGGAGGCCUGCGAGUGCAUCAUUCUGCUGUCGAGGACCCUGGCUCGGGACUUCCAUUUCCAGAGUGAGAGCUAUGUGAAACCAGUCCUGUCUAACUUUGCUCAUCAACAUUAUAAGGUUCGGGUGGCGUCAGUUAGAGCUAUUGGAGCAAUAGUAAUAGCCGGAAACGCUAAGUGUUUUGAGCUGUCCAUCACUCCAAUGGCUGAAAAGCUGUUUGACGAGAAUAGCCAAGUCCGGCUGGCGGUCACGGAGGAGGUUGGCAACUGGAUGCUGAACUACCGAGACCGUUACUCGUUCUGGCAUCGCAUGAUUCCUCUGCUGUUGACCAGCAUGAGUGAUGUAAUAGAAAACAUCAGAGAAACAGCCGCAAAGCUCUGGACGGACAUCGGCCUUCAAUACAUGGAAGAAAAUGAGGAGGACCUCAAGAAAAGAACGGACUUCCUCAAGGACGUGCCGUCACAUUACCCCGACGUGAAGAGACCCAAUCUGGGCUGCAGGCAGCUGGUGCAGAGCAAUAUUGGGAAGAUUGUGCCGGCUAUUGGAAGAGAAAUGGAAGGCUGGCAGGCAGACGCCCGUCUCCGCGUAGCUCAGCUACUGUGCUGGCUUGUACUAUGCGCGGAAGAAGGUUCCACACAACACGCCAACACCAUUGUGCGAACCCUACACCGUGGGGCUAGUGACGAUGAUGACCGAGUUAUUCUAGAGGUGAAACGCGCCGCGGAGCUAUUCGGCUACUUCAUUAGUCCAGACACGUGGUGGCCACUGCUGGAGGCCGAGAUGGACUCGUGGGGGGCUCUCAUCGUCCUCGCGAAUAUCAUUAAAGGCUCCAAAGCGGAUCUGGUGCUGCCCAAGUUGAAGGACAUAUUCAAGGAGCUGGCUGAUCCAGACAGGUGUAGGGUUAGAAAGGAAAAAUACCAAAGAGGCCUCCUCUACGUGUCGGAAGCGGUGCUGGAUCUUUGCGGCGAGGGAUGCCAACGAGUAGCAGAAGAGUUGUUCACCAUCAACUUCACCGUCUACGCCAUGCCUGCGGAUGAUAAGGCCCAGUUCAUGGCUCUAUCAAACCUGGACAAGCUCCGUUUUGUAGAGAAUUGCGGGCGUACCCUCACCACGCUAUACGAGAAGCAUAUUCGGCACAUCCUGGCCGCCAUCACCUCGGAGGCCCUGACUUGGACGCUGCUGACGCCAGACAGGUGUCUUCUGGAAUGCGUGCUGAUGAAUACUGGUUCAGCCAUGUCGUCUAACCUGCACCUCAUAGCCCCCCUCUUGAAGGAAUGCCUCGCGACCCCCAAAGUGGAUCCCGAGGUCAAGCUGAAGAUGUUCACCUCUCUCUCCACCGCGCUGUUGCGGCGGCAGGACAACUUUAACAAGUGCAGCGGCGACAUACUAGAGGCUUUCUUGAAAAUUAUCAUUGAAGAGGUGAUAUUGGUUAAUUUGGUAUGGGAACCAGGCCGCACUGCUGAAGCAAUUCGCACGGCAGCCAUAGCAUGUCUGUGUUCAGCAUUACAAGAGAACCCUCGUAACGAGCUUGAGACGGAGAGCGGGGCUGACGGAGACAAGCAGGACAAAGACAAGGCAAUAAAUCUAUUCCCAACAAAAGAGUCCCUGGAGCCAUUCUUAGAGCAAAUAGUCCCGUUGCUGAACAGUUUACUGGAUGACAACUCGGCACUGACUAGACAACAUACUCUUCGGGCGAUUUGCUGUCUAGCUACAUUGGCAACUCGGCGAGGUUGCUUCGCUGCUGAAAUAUUACACAAGUUGUACUUUGGAGUGUUGAAACGUCUCGACGACAGCAACGACAAAGUCCGUUCCUUCGCCGUCCAAACCCUCACCACGUUGUUCAAAAACCGCCCUCUCCCGUACGACACCAUACUCUACAACGCACACAUCGAUGCUACGUACAGCGCCAUGCUUAUACACCUUGACGACACCUCCGAGGAGUUUCGCAAGGAGAUGCUAGAUGCCUUGAUGACGCUAAGUACCAUUGACGCGGCGCUUCUCAUGAAAAAAGUGAAAGCAAAUAUUCAGCUGUACAGAAAUAAAGCGGCCUAUGAACGGCUGUCUAGCCAUAUUGAGAAGAUAUUGAAGUCUUAGCUUAAUUUAUAUUUUUAUUUUUAUCGUAAAAGUCAAUUUCCAUGUAGGCCCCACCGACUAGAUGGUUCGACAAGCUAAGAAGGCCACCUCAGGCAAACUCCAUCAAGCGGUGAGGGAUAAGGGAAAUCGAGACAGAUGGAGACAGACAGAGACAAAUCACAGGAGCUGCAAAACCAAGUGGUCACAAUCCUCAGUAAUGAGGGACCGACAAAUAAGUAGAAGAGUAGGGUUGACCUUACAAUAAUUUGGGACCUACGCAAAUGGUCCUAUUUAUAUGGAGACUUAGGGUGUGGCAUCCGUGGGAAUGUCCAGAUCCCUCAAGAGUGUUGGGCAAAAUGAGGAAAAUCAAUUUUCGUCAUGGCUGAUCAAUGAUCAUACAAAUAUUGUAAUAGUAAAGUGGCCUUAGUUCAUGCAAAGAGGAUAUAAUAAGAUAGAGCGGUACUGUCAUAGUAAAUUUUGUAACUACUGUAAAUUCACUGCCAUCUAUCGACAUACUUUAAAACUAAAAAUGAAGAUUUAUAAAAAUACGUUAAAAUGUGUUUAAAUAUGGAUAAAUGAUUUUUUUAUUUGCAUUAAUUAUUUUUAUAUGAUUUUGACCCAUGUUCUUUAACGGAUAUGCGUUAAAAUUAUAAAUAACAAACGAAACCGUCAACGCCAUCCAUACGGGAGUAGGCCAAAGCUAGUGGCGCUAUCUGAUCGAGAAUCAAAUUUUCGUGAUUUUUGAGGCACGUUUAUUCCUUAGACUGUAUCCAUCUAUUACGGAGUUAUAUCUAUCUUUGGUUCAUGGCUUAAUUUAUAGUUUGUCAAAGGACUGUCUCAUUUCAAACAUAGACAGAGAGAAUCAUACUAUCUUUAUCUUACACUAGUACUAGCACCCAAAAGAAAAGGAUGAGUAUAGUAUUUUUUGUUAUUAUUUACUGACAAUUUGGCUUGACCAAAUAUAGCUAACGACAUUAAGAAGGUGUUGCAAAAGGCUACAUGUAGAGGCAGUUAGCAUGAAUGACUGAUAUCAGGUACAGCGAGCUGCAAAAGUGCUUAGCCACUAUGAACGGGAUUCGUUUAUAAAGUGGGUAUGCACUUAUUUAGCUGUCUAUCGCUCGAAUAUGCAAGAGCGAUAGAGAGGCAGAUAACGAAAUUUCGUUUUUCGCGGUAGACCCUAAGCAUAAAUGGUUUCAUUUUUAGCCGUAGCGAGCGCUGUGAUCGUAUUAUUGCAUAAUGUUUUUUUAAAUAUUGAACUCUAAAAACGUUUUGGUGGUAACCACUGGGAAAAAAAUCCCACCUUUUACCAUUGCACCACUUGGUGGUACAAUUAUAUUGAUUAGGUAUAGGUACCUAAUAUAUUAUGCAAACAAAAGUAUAUACUUAUUGGUUUGUAAUUGAUUGCUGCUGGCAUUAGUCAACAGAGCAGUAUUCACUCAAAGCAUACCAUGAAGUCCCUUGUCUGCUUCUUGUUUUUUUAAUAGUAAUUUUAUAAUAUUAUUUACAGUAGGUAGAUAGGUACAUGAGUUUUUUUCAUGCAGAUUAAGGAUGGUAUAUGCAGAUAGCUAAAUUUAGAGUUGUCUAGAGGCAACUUAAUUAGUUUAAUUGUAAGAUCCUUUCUAGAUUUUAGUUUAUAGUUUAGAAGUGCAAUAAAUUGGUUUUAUCUUGAAA